AUGAUCAAAACAUUUGCUGUGCAUUUCUUUGUUCUUGCUUGCAUUAUUGAAGCAUCUCAUUUCCGUGGCGGAACAAUAACCUCACGCCCUUUCAAUGCUACACCAUCGGGCUCAAUAGUUCCUGUCAUCGUGCGAGAGCGAUGGUCAUGGCGUCGCAGUUGGAAUUAUCCACCAUGCGAUGAUACUGUCAUUGCUUCAUACGUUCGUACAGAAGGUGCUUCGUUUCCAGUCACUUGCACAAGUGGUUCUUGUAGUCCUUGGACAGGCAUGGAUACGACAACAUACUGUACUGAUUAUAGUGUUCCAUUGGAUGUUGCUUCAGGCGAAUAUUAUGACACGUAUAUGAUACCGCUCAACACUGCUUUCACUAUUGCCUUCGCGGGAAAUGCUUGGUUUCAAAAUCUGGUUGUUGGAGGUGGUUUAUACUGGUCUGUUGCCGGUCGGAUUAGUACUAUCCUCCGACCAGACGGCUUCUUAGACACCAGUCCUGUUGCUGUCAGUCUUCCUAUUAUCUACAAGCAAAUCAAUAUUCCGCAGGUUCACGUCGUUCAAAUGUCCGAUUUUGAUGGAACUGAUCUAUUAAAAUGUCGAUGGUCCACUUCAUCAACAAGUACUAUCAAUCAAUACGAUGAAUGCGCAAAUGUAUGUAACGGCAUACCAGGUGCUAAUCUUAUUGGAUCAAAUUGUACAAUUACUUUUACACUUGUCUCAGCUAAUUGGUAUGUUGCAGCAGCAUUACAAAUUGAAGACUUUUAUAAUGCUGCAGCAUUGUCAGCGAAUACACCAAUGACGUCGGUUCCACUUCAGUUUCUUUUCUAUGGUUAUGCUGCACCAAGUGGUUGUGGUACUCCGCCGGCUAUCAUUGGUCAACGGCCAAACCGAGCUUGUAUCGGAGUAAUGCCGGGCGACAAUGUGACAGAAAUUGUCAUUACACAAGUUUAUUGUCCGGGAACGAGUAUUGUUGACACUGUUUCCAGCGUACCUGUUGGAAUGACAAAAAGUAAUAUUUCCAAUCCAAGCACAAAUAUAUAUGAGAUUAUCCUCAGUUGGAUACCUAUGUCCAGUCAAUAUGGUCCACAAGCUGUGUGCUUUGGAACUGUUGAUAAUCGAAACCUCCAAUCAAAUCAAUGGUGUAUUACAUUUUUGGUUGGUUUUAAAUCACCUCAAGUCAUUCGACCACAAUUGGUUCAAGGUUCAGCUUCACCCAUUGGUACUGUCUUUCAAAAUCAAACUACCUUCUCCAUUCAAACUUCAAUAUCGGUUAAUCGCCCAACACUUAAUGGUACUAAUAUUUACUUUUGGGAUUCUACUCUCGGUGGUACACUUGUCCAACAAUAUGAUUGUGGUUGGGCACCUGAAGUCACAUACACUGGUUUUACAAUUAUCAUACGUUUUCCUGUCGCACCAUGGUUACCCGGACAUUUCUAUUAUGUUACUAUGGAUAGUGGUGUUGCUAGUGGAACUGAGUUUUGUGGUCCUGAAUCGGCACCAAUCACCGAUCCAACAUUUUGGGUAUUCAAUAUCUGGAAUCCUGCACUUUCAUCUACAACGACAACGACUACAACACCAUUUACAACUGCGACAGUGACAACAAAACCAACAUCAACGACAAGCAUCAAUACUCUUUUAACAACAACUGGUAUUGUUAUCACAACUACAACGCCUCCAACAACUACAGCAACAACAUCAACGACUACACCUCCAACUACAGCUGCUCCUACAACUGCUGCUCCAACGACGCCAGGGUCAACGACUGAGUCAACAGUUGCCGUUAUGUAUCCAAAAGAUUUUGAACUUGCUUGUCUUCAACCAAUUGCGAUUCUGAGUGCUGUUUCCUUUGCCGUAUUGAUACCUAUCCAAGGAUUAGUUAUGCAUGCUGCAUUUAUAAAACUAUCAAAUACAUUUAAUCCGUCAAAGAUUGGUGCUCAAACAAGACAUAAUCAACGAAUGAAACGAAUUAUGCGUAGAUAA